AUGAGAUUGGCGGAGACAGAGGAUGUGAAGUAUGAGACCGUGACAACUGCCUUGAAGAAAGCUAUUCGAUUAAAUCGUGCAAUCCAGUCAAGUGAUGGCCACUGGCCUGCUGAAAAUUCCGGUCCCAUGUUUUUCACUCCUCCCCUAAUAAUCAUCCUGUACAUUAGUGGAGCAAUCAAUAUGAUUCUAACAGCAGAACACAAAAAGGAGUUGAUUCGCUAUAUUUACCUUCAUCAGAACGAUGAUGGGGGAUGGGGAUUCUAUAUAGAAGGCCACAGCACCAUGAUCGGUUCGGCACUUAGCUAUGUUGCCUUGCGAUUGCUAGGAGAAGGGCCCGAUGAUGGAGAAAAUGGGGCAAUGACCAAAGGCCGGGAGUGGAUUCUUGACAAUGAUGGUGCAACUGGAAUUCCUUCUCGGGGAAAGGUCUAUCUUUCGGUGCUAGGAUUGUAUGAAUGGGCAGGCUGCAAUCCUUUGCCUCCAGAGUUCUGGCUUUUUCCUUCAUUUUUCCCUUAUCAUCCAGCGAAAAUGUGGUGCUAUUGUCGCACGUCUUACAUGCCCAUGUCGUAUUUGUAUGGGAAGAAAUACCAUGGGCCGAUCACUGAUCUAGUCAAGGCAUUGAGACAAGAAAUUCACACCAAGCCAUAUGAGGAAAUCUGCUGGAACAAAACGCGACAUGACUGUUGUAAGGAGGAUCUCUACUACCCUCAUAGCUUUGUACAAGACUUACUUUGGGAUGGUCUUCAUUACUUGACCGAGCCAAUUAUAACCCGUUGGCCCUUCAACAAGAUUAGAGAGAGAACCAUGCAAAAAGCAAUUAAGUACAUGCAUUAUGGAGCAGAGAGCAGCAGAUACAUUACCAUAGGAUGUGUAGAAAAGAGUUUGCACAUGAUGUGUUGCUGGGCAGAGGACCCAAAUGGUGAUGAGUUCAAGUACCAUCUAGCUAGAGUUCCGGAUUACUUGUGGCUGGCCGAAGAUGGAAUGAAAAUGCAGAGUUUUGGUAGUCAGCUAUGGGAUUGUACUUUUGCAACUCAGGCAAUUAUUGCCAGCAAUAUGGUUGACGAAUACGGUGACUCACUAAAGAAAGCACAUUCUUACAUCAAAGAAUCACAGGUCAAAGAAAAUCCAGCUGGGGAUUUCAAGAGUAUGUAUCGGCACUUUACUAAAGGAUCGUGGACUUUCUCUGAUCAAGACCAUGGUUGGGGGGUUUCGGAUUGCACAGCAGAAUCGCUUAAGUGUCUACUCCUACUUUCUCAAAUGCCUUCUGAAAUUGCUGGAGAAAAAGCUGAUGUCGAGCGAUUGCACGAUGCUGUGAAUGGGUUGCUUUACUUACAGGUACUACAUAGAUCAUAUUAUUCAUUGCUAUUUGUAAACUUACUUCACAACUUGGUAAUUCAUAACUUAACUAACUAAAUUAUCUAACUUCUC